CGCGCGUCAAGCCGUGCGGUCGCGUCGUGUUGUGUUAUUCGGUAUUGAACGCGUGGAAUUGAGCCAAUUCAUCUAUUUACGGAUCGCGGAAAACAAUACAAAAUGAAUACUGGCUGGUUAGUGUGGGAAUGUCUCGUGUUUGGAUUGUUUGUGUGUGCGACAUCAUGCGCACCACUCUGGAGGAGGAAGAGGGAUGCAGCAGCAGGAGGUGACGCCAAGAGGGCCUAUAUAUUUGCCGGAGGAGGGGUAUCAACUUUGUCUAUGAUCCUAUCCGUCUCUAGAGGGACUUUGGGAGUUCGAUCUUUUCUAGGAUUCCCGUCUGAAAUGGUGUAUUUUGGAUCAGCAAUGUGGGAGACGUUGUAUGGCAUGAUGCUGGCGUUCCCAUUCGUCUGCUGGAUCUUUAUACCAGUAUAUUAUCGGCUUAGCACGAACUCAGUAUAUGAGUAUCUUCAGAUGAGAUUCGGUUCGAUUUGGGUGCGACGAAUGGCGGCGGCCACUUUUCUUCUCCGCCAGACCCUGAAUUUGGCAGUGACGGUGUAUACUCCCACUGUGGCCCUGCAUGCUGUACUGGCUCUGCCGCAUUGGGCAUCAGCCGCUGCGCUAACAGUUGUAGCGAUUGUUUUCAACCUACUUGGCGGUUUAGCAGCUGCUAUCAGAGCUGACGUGAUCCAAACCCUUGCCAUGGUGAUGGUGAGCGCUGCGUUCAUAAUCCAGGCAACGGUGACAGCCGGUGGACCACAACAGGUCUUCAGCGAUAAUGUUGAAGGAAACCGAUUGAAGUUUUUUAACUUUACAUGGGACCCAACAGUUAGAGUGGAUACGAUGUCAGCGUUAGUCGGCCAGCUGUUCAUGUCAGUAUCAAUUUAUGGCUGCCAGCAGACUUUCGUCCAGCGCUACUGUUCCAUGUCCAGCGAAGCCAGGGUGAAGAGGACCUUGCUAGCCAACGUCCCAGCUGUCUUUAUCUUAUUCAGCUUAUCCUGGGUUGUUGGAAUGGCUCUUUAUGCUGUGUACAAAUAUUGUGACCCUUUGAUGUCUGGAUCGAUUGUUGCUCCGGAUGAAGUGUUGCCAUUUUACGUUCAAGAUCAGUUCUCAUUUCUGCCUGGAAUGCUUGGAUUGUUCUUAGGCAGUAUAUUCAAUGGAGCUUUAAGUUUCCUGGUAUCAAAUGUAAAUUCUUUAUCUACCGUCACUUGGGAAGACUUCGUGUCACAGGCGCCUGCGUUUAAAGGAAUCAACGAUAAGCAACAGUUAACCAUCAUUAAAAUUAUUGGAAUUAUUUAUUCGAUAGCAAUAAUGUGCCUCUCCCUCUGUGUGGGGAUGGUGGGAGGAGUCAUAGAAGGUUCACUGCUAGUGACUUCCGCCACUUCUGGCGCUUUACUGGGAGUGUUCCUGCUAGCCGCCAUAUUCCCGAUGGCCAACGGCAAGGGAGCGCUGUGCGGGAUGCUGACGUCACACUUCAUCACGGCGUGGAUGGCGACGGGCCGACUGCUGUAUGUUAACGAUAGUGUGGCCAUGCUGCCUUUAUCUAUUGCGAACUGUCCCAAUGCAACUCUAAGCAUCUUAAGUCCGAAGGCUCUCCCAGUAGCUGUCAAUCAAACGUUAGCUCAGCUCGCUCCAGUUCUACAAGUGUUAGACAGCACACACAUAUCUUAUAAACCGCAAGAAUCUAUUGUAUUCACCGCAUUAAUGAAGAUGUAUUCUGUAUCAUACAUGUGGUACGCAGUGAUUGGAACAGUGACAUGCGUGGUAGUUGGAGUAACCAUCGGCCUUAUAACUGGUACGGAUAAAGACGCAUUUGACGAGGCACUUUUGCAUCCAUUAGUGGCGAAAAUCGGUCGAAAGAUGCCUGGUCGUAAGCGAGUAUUUACAACGCAGGUACAAGAUAAGGUGUCAGAGGAAAAGGAAUCUUCUGACAAAACUGAUGAAACGGUGGUCGAAGAUAAACAGCCGGCUGUACUUUUAACUAAUGGGAGUAGACUGUUUGAGUCGUAUGAAAAAAGUACUUUCCCUGUCAGGACAAGACUUUGAUUGCAUUUGAAUGUAAUAAUAAGAGACAAUGGUUUCUAUGAGUGAAAAAUUACCUCAUGAGCUUGAGAUACAUAACUGCAAAUGCCUUAGAAAAAACCUUAUCGUCGUAAAAGUCUUUUUUGAAAGUAAUAUCUUUAAUUAGUUAUGGCUAUAUAGAAACUAAAUAUACAAACGAACUAGUCCUUAGUUCGUAUAAAAUUAAAAUAUUGUAACUAUUAAUUUGGUUGAAAAGAAAAAUAAUCAUAAGAAAUAAUUAAUUUAAUUUUGGAACGAUAUACGUGCCGUGUAAGUUGUAUAGCAAUUUGUUUAGUCGAUAAAAAAAGUUUAAUGAUGUAAUAACAUGAAGUAUUUAUGUAGACAUUUAAGUAGACAAAAUAAAAAAGAGGCCUUUUAAUUUGUAAAUAUAGGGCCUCUAAAUCAGGGGCUUAUUGCUUUAGUAGUUUAAUCACCUUAUGCCACUGAUUUCAAAUUGUUGUGAUAGUAGAAUAGCUUUAUGUAUAGCUUUAUGUAUAUAUAAUAUGUAUAUAGAUUAUGGUUAUCGACGGCCUCAUUGGUCUAGUGGCUUGAUAUAAGGCCGCAGACCCCGAGGUCCUGGGUUCAAUUCCCAGGUCGGGCCAAUAAAAAGUUAUUAGCUUUUUCUAUCAGAAAAUUCUCAGUAGCAGCCCGGAGUCUAGAUGUUGGAAGUGUGUACACUCCCGUGCUGCGCCUGAACUCUUUCCAGUCGUGUCGGAUUGCCGUCCUAUCGUAUUAUGAGCGUGAGGGAAGACAGAGUGAAUUUGUGUUUGCGCACACACUUGUGCACUAUAAUAUCACCUGCGUAGUUGGCUAAUCUCUCUAGAGAGUGGCCGCCGUGGCCAAAAUCGAAUUUAAUCGCCUACAACGAUGAGUUGUUAUUGUUUGAAAUGUGAACGUGACGAAUGUGCCUAUAGAAUACUUUAUUUUUAUAAAUAUAUAUUUGAUCGUUAUCUUAAUUAUGCUAAGUUUUAUAUUAAGAAAAUAUUAUUAUACAUAUAUAUUAAGUUAUUGACAACAAUAUAUACUUUAUACAAUACUUGAGUUAUGACUGGUAUCGUUCAGACGGUGUCGAAAUUUAAUCUCAAAUAGAUAUACAAAUAUCUCGUCCAAGAUAUAAUAUUUGACGGGCCGGUUAGCGUGGUUGGUAGAUACUUGACUUUCACGCCGAAGGUUGUGGGCUCGAUUUCUACCCAGGACAGACAUUUGUGUGCAUGAACAUGUUUGUUUGUCUUGAUUCUGAAUUUAAUUAUCUAUAUAAGUAUGUAUUUACAAAAGAAAAGGAGUAUAUGUAGUAUAUCAGUUGUCUGGUCUCCAUAGUACAAGCCCUGCUUAAUUUGGGAUCAGAUGGCUGUAUGUGAAUAAUGUCCCAGGAUAUUAUUAUUAUUAUUUUAAUUGCAAAAUACAAUAUUAAUCAAAAUCAUUAAUUAUAUUGUUACGCAAGGAUUUUUGGCUAUAAAUUCAUCUAUAUUCCGAAGUGAUCGUUUAGCCAACAAUAGUAGAACUUCGACGCAAUUUAUGUCAAUAAUAAUAAUAACUACGAAGCUUUUUUUUAUUUUAAAAGUGGUAUGCGAACAAUUUAUUUAUUUAUUAUGAUAUCAACACCAACAAGAAGUACAUUAAUAAACACAUAACGUUAUAUAAAUCAAGUGUCUCCUUAAUUAGGUGUUUCAAAAUAUAUCAACAUUUCAAGUUAACAAAAAUAAUAAUUUUAAAAAUUAAAAUAUUAUAAUAAAUAGAAGAAGGUAUUACGAAUUAAAUUAUUAUAUAAGUAUCACAUAAUUGGGUUAAAAUACUAAAAUUAUCUGAGCAUUUAAAAAUUUUGAAUACGAUUAAAUGCAAACAAUAGUAAGAGGUACAUUUGUAAAGAAAAUACAUUUAUGUAUAAUUUGUUAAAAAGGAUAAAUUAAAUUGAAAUUCUGAUAACUAGGUAAUAUCUGAUACAGGUAUACUAAUAGAUUUGUUCGAUCAUUGCACUUUGAUAUCAAAAUACUUCGCUAUAGGGUUCACAUUCAAGAAACAGAUAUAAUGACUUACAUAUUACAACGUACUGUACUUCAAUAUAAUAAAUUUCUCGGGUUUCGACACCUAAAUAUUUAAUUAUAGCACUUUCUUUAUCUAACACUUUAUAACAGAUUAAAAUAUUUAAUUUUCGGUUAGAAUACUACAUGUAGACAAGCCGUCUUGAUAUUCGCGAAAUAAGUUUAAAGUGUAUUUUGAUUCAUCCUUGUUUUGAUUUCACACACCGCUAUCUAUGAGUUAUUUUGAUGUAUUUCAGUAUUUUUGUGUUAAUGACUCUGUUGAAAGGUUUCUGACGGUAUCUUUAUAUUUAUAAUUUAUCUUUAUAUAGUCUGAGCGUGUGAUAAUAAUAAUUUAAGCAAUGUACUUAUGUGAUAGUACGCAGUAUUAGAAAACGAAUGAGAAUUGUGAAUAUUUUUGUAGAAAUCGUAUUUAUAUUUUGUACAUGAAUGAAUAAACGCCAUUAACUGAAACACUUUUCUGAAUAGAUAAUUUGACUAAAUACUGAACGAUGAUUGGUCGCCGAUUGUGUCGUCGGAAGCUAUUAACCAAUGACCAUUAAGAUUAAAUCGCUAAUCCGACUUGUAUAAGUGUUUCAGAAACUGGAAGUAAAUAAAUAAAUGAUAUACAAAUAA